CUGUCCGUCGUCUCGUGGAACGUCAACGGGCUGCGGUCGUUGCUCAAAAAGGCGCCGCGCGCGCUCGAUGAGCUCGCGCGACGCACCGACGCCGACGUGCUGGUGCUGCAAGAGACAAAACUCGGCGCGGAUGGACGCGGCGCGGUGGACGGCGAGGGAGAGGCGCCGAAGUUUUUGCGCGAGUACGGGACGCGCGAGUACGCGACGUCCACCGCGCGCAAGGGGUAUUCGGGCACGGCGAUGUUCAUCCGAGACGGCGAUUGGGCGAAGAUGAAACGCGUCGAGGCGACGCGGUUGAGCGCUGGCGGGUUUGACGACGAGGGACGCGUGCUGACGGCGGAGUUGGAUUCGUGUUUCGUCGUCAACGCGUACGUGCCGAACUCGGGCGCGGAUUUAAAGCGUUUGCCCGAGCGCGUGGAGGUUUGGGAACGCGCGAUUCGCGAGCACGUGCGCGCGUUGGAAUCGCGAGGUAAAGCGGUGAUUUAUUGCGGUGACUUGAACGUCGCGCACGAAGAAAUCGAUUUAUGGGGUAGGCACGCCGAAAACAGCAAAUCCGCGGGAUUUACGCCCGAGGAACGCGCGGCGAUGACGCGGCUGCUCGAAGAGUGCGAUUUGGUCGACACAUUUCGCGCGCAUCGACCCGACGCGCGUGCGUUUACGUAUUGGAGCUAUCGCGCCGGCGCGCGCGAAAAAAAUCGCGGUUGGCGUCUCGAUUACAUUCUCGCGAGUCGGCGCCUGGCGGACUCCAUCGUCGACGCGUACGCGCUGCCCGACGUGCUCGGCAGCGACCACUGCCCCGUCGGUCUGCGCGUCGCGCUG